UAAGACCAAUAUAGCCUUUGGGAGUUAAGUGAAAGCCUUUGACUUACUGCUUUUGCAUUACUCUCAACUCAACCCCCAUAUAAUACACUUCCUCCCCAGAGCUUAGAAAACAACUGAAGACGUGAAUUCAUCCGUCAGCUUUGAAAAAUCCUGAGAGAGCGUGGUAGCAUCUGUUUCAGGCAAAUAUGAAGACAGACAUCUUACUUUUUGUUCUCCUCUGCCUCCAGGCUAAAGUUCUAGCAGAGAAUUUUAAUGUGUCUGUUCAGCUGAAGUUGAUUGAAUUCCAUAAUGGAGGAUUAAAAUUGACCUGCCACUAUCCUGAAAACGUCCGGGACUUUAAAAUGCAGUUGAUGAGAGCGACUAGAAAGCAAAAAGUCUGUGAACUCCAAAAGCUUAAGCAUGUUAUUCAAAUGACCAAGGAGUCGGUAUCUUGUCAACCCGAGUUUUCCAACACAAGUGUAAUUUUCUUCUUGACCGACUUGGACAGCACUCAUACUGAUCAUUACUUCUGUAGCCUGCAUAUUAGUUUUCCUCCUCCUUUCCAGAACAGUACUUCAAAUGGAGCUUAUUUACAUAUCUAUGAAUCAAAGUCUUGCUUUCAUAUGAUCUUAUGGCUGUCUAUUGGAAUUGCAUGUCUCCUCUGUUUUAUUGGAAUAUUUGUUGGCACAUUUUCUUACUGUGUAAGAAAAAAGAUGAGCCAAAGUCAAUCUCUUUUGCAUGAAACUAAUAGCGAAUACAUGCCUAUGGCAGCAGUGACUGCAGCUAAAAACCCUGGAUUCAAAGGCAUGAGCACCUAAUCUGAAACUCAGGUGUCCAACGGAGAAGCACACAAGUCAACUCUGCCUACUUGAAAUUCUGUAUUCUUAUUCAACUCGGGGUUUUGAAUUCAUUUGGUUUACUAUAUACAUGGAUUCUAGCGACUAUAUAUGUCAAUCAUUUUUCAACAGGUUGGGAUAACAGGGCCCUGUUCAGAGCAGACAUGUUUUGCUCAUGGGAUUUUUGGCCUCAGACAAAAAUAAACGCAUCCACCUUAAAAAGAGACAAAAUAAGAAUGAAUCCAAUGCUAUGGACUCUUUUCUAAGGAAAACAUCUAGCACUUAUCUUCAUAUCACUGACAGACUACCUCUUUUUUUUCCUGUGGAAUCCAAUUUACUGUAUUUAGCAAACAUCCUAGAAGCUUGAAAUACACCCACAGGAAAAUAAGGGGAAAUACUUGAACUAUACCUAAGAACUUUGAAAAUACUGGGUAGUUCUGCAAUGCUAUAAUAUUGCUCUGACUUCAAAUAUUUUAGCAAUGCCAGGAUAUAACUUAGGAAGGGCUUAAGUAUCUUUUAUUUUCUACUAGUGCUCUCUUAUUUACUCAUUUCCUUCUGUGCAUCUACUUGUCUAUCAAGCAGAGUCAAGGGGAUAUUUCUAUAUUAUUUCUCUGAAGCGCAAAAAGAUUAAAUGGUACUUCGAGACCUUGAUAAAUAUAAUCUGUUUCCCUAAAACAAUUGAACUGUCACAGAAACCGAACUUGUUCCUUCAAAUUUAUCUAACCAUAUCUGCUACUUCAGUAUCAUCUUGAUAGGAAAUAAUACUCAGAAUUGCUGUAGCUUCACCCACUUUUAUCAGCCCUCUGUUGUAGUAUUUGGUGGCUUCCAGGCAAUGUCAUUUUCAUAGAUUAAAUUUAAACAGAGGAUUUUCUGUGGCAAUCUGGCAUCCUUCUAGUAGAAUAACAGAUAAUUUGCUUGAAAAGUUCUAGUCUGGCUAAAUGGCCGAUAAUCUUAACAAAAGGGUUCUUUGCAUCUUAUAUCCUUAUAUUGUAUAAGAUCUCCCAGAGUUUCUAGACCCAAGAAUUAAAGAUGAAAAGGUUCGUUAUAGCCCACAUGCUACCUGAAAUAAGCACUAGAGGUCUGUCUUCAUCAUAAAGGUUGAAUGCCUUAGAUCUAGGUCCUUUUGCUUUAAGUUUAAAAACAAUUUAUGAGUUAUAGGAACCUUAUGCUGAACCAAUUUAUUUAAAAUUCACUAGCAUGGAGGCAGUUAGGUGGUACAGUGGACAGCACACCAGCCCUAAAUUCAGGAGUUCAAAUCAGAUCUCAGACACUUAACACUUCCUAGCUAUGUCAUCCUGGGCAAGUCACUUAACCCCAUUUGCCUCAGGGGAAAAAAACCCUCACUUGCAAGGUCUGAAUUUCUGAUAAAACUAUUAAGAAUAACUUUACAUUCAUGGUGGAGGUCUAGUUACAUAGAAUAGAAGAAGAUAGAUUUCUUUUGAGGUCUUUUUUGGGUGGAAUACAUAUAAAAUGUCAUCCUUGGUUCUAAUAUCCCCUCUGAUUCAUUUUUUAAAAUACAAAAUCAUAGCUUCCAAGUUAAAUAAUGUAUAUAAGUUCUACUUUUGCCUGUUAUGUUAAAUGAAUCUCUAUAAGUAAGCAAAAUGAAAAUCUAGAAUCCUUAUGUUUUAGUUGUCAAUAAUAAUAUUAAUAAUUUUUGUGCUUUAAGUAUCCAUAGUGUUGAGUUUGUACAAUAUAGUACUGAACUUGUAAUUUGAAUCAUGUUGAUGUUUACUGCCUUAAAUUCACCUGAACUAACAAAAUCACAGCUUCCAAGUUAAAAAAUGUGUUUAAGUUGUACUUUUGUCUGUUAUGUUAAAUGAGUUUCUAUUAGUAUGCAAAACGAACGUCUAGAAUUCUAAAUGUUUUAAGUUGUCAAUAAUAUCAUUAUGUAUACCUAUGUGCUUUAAGUAUGCAUAGUGUUGAGUUUGUACAGUACAAUACUGAACUUGUAAUUUGAAUCAAGUGUUGAUGUUUAUUUCCUUACAUUCACCUGGAUCAACUCUAUUCAGAAGAGAUUUUUCUACAAGUCUUUUUUGAGUGAGGGUGUCGAGUGGACAGAUAGACUGAACUUUGGUAUACUGGUAUUUUGGCCAACAGCACAUAAAUACAAUGUUCCUUCUGUCAAUAUACUGAACAUUUCAAAGUUGAAUUUAUUAAAGGACAAAAUUUCUGUGAAAUGAAUUUGGUUUAAUAGUAUUAGAUUUUCGAAUGAAUUACAAAAGUAAUAAAGAUAAAAGUUGUUUUUUUGUUUUA